CACAUAGAUUUGCACUUCUAACAUGAGACGGCCACUCUGAAUUUACGUUUCAAUUCAUCAUCAUCACAUCACCUUGACAACUUCAAAAAGAAUUCUGAUUCUCUUCAUCUGUCGGCUUCUGUAGACCUCUCUCAAGUCCCAACUCUCAAAACUCACUCUCUUCUUCACCGCCAUACAAGUCCUUUUUCUUUCAGACAUUCAUUUCAUUUCGAUUCGAUAAAUCUUUUAGUUUCCGUAAGUUUUGUGGCGGGAAAAAAAACGAACCCACCGCCGAUUUGGUGUAAAUUUUUUAGAAUAAUGGCCAACCCACCUGGGACUCAUCAAGAACAUAGCAUUCCAUCGACGUCUUUCAGUGGAACCAACGCUAAUUUGGGCGUUCAGGAGCGGACUGGGUAUGGUCUAAAACACAACCCUGGGAUUUCUAUGGACUGGACUGCUGAAGAACAUGCUAUUCUUGAAGAGGGGAUUCAAACAUAUACAUCAGAAAAUAGCUUAACUAAUUAUGCAAAGAUAGCUAUGCAUCUACCAAAUAAAACUAUUCGGGAUGUGGCACUGCGUUGCCGAUGGAUGACUAAGAAAGAAAACAACAAGAGGAGGAAGGAAGAUUUAGCAAAGAGAACCAGAGAUAAGAAGGAAAGAGUCAUUGAUCCUUCAGCAAAGUUGGUGCCUUUUGCAGUCCGACCCAAUGUUCAUUCAUAUGCGCCACCAAUGAUGUCUAAGGACUAUGAUGAUUCCAUUUCAUAUCUGGCCCUUGGUGGUCCCAUGGGUGAGAUUCUUGAGCAGAAUGCCAAGUCUUUUGAACAAAUAUCUGCUAACCUUUCAGCUUUGCAGUAUCAUGAAAAUAUCCGACUCUUCUGUCAAACUCAUGAGAACAUCUUCAAAUUAUUAAAUGGCUUGAAUGAAAUGCCUCAAACAAUGAGGCAGAUGCCCCCUCUGCCAGUCAAGGUGAAUGAACAGCUAUUUAACUCCAUCCUUCCCCCUCCAAACGUUCCAAACAUCCCGGAGCAACUGUGACUGUUGCCUUGUCAUUGCUUUGAUUUUGCAUGAUCAGCCGCCUAUGUGAUUGUGACCCUGCAGUGAUCCUGAUGGAAGCUACCGUUAAACGGCAGUCCUCCAAUUUGAACUGACCUCUCUAGCCAAUAUAGUUGAAGUUCUUAUGAAAUAGUUUGUGCAGUAGGCAUUUUGUGUAGAAAAUAGGGAAAAAUUAAUCAAUGCCUAGUCUUAUUAA